AUGCUCCGAACUAGGUUGGUCCACUCCUCGCUCGGGGACAGUACAGUCAGGGCGCUAGUAGGGAGGGGCUGCCCGCAGGGGGGGGUCAUCUCGCCGCUGCUGUGGCUCCUCGUUGCGGACGGGCUUCUCACUGGGCUUGAGAGACUGGGGGUGGACGCAAUCGGAUACGCAGACGAUGUGGCUUUGCUCCUGAGUAGCAGGAAUGAGGGCAUACUACACCAGAGGAUGCAGAAUGCGCUGGACUAUGUUCAGCAGUGGUGCACCUCUCAUGGACUCAGGGUAAACCCGAGCAAGACGGAGAUGGUGCUCUUUACUAGCAGGAGGAGGUGUGUCGUAAGACCCCCCUCCAUUUAUGACACAGUUCUGGGCUUUUCGAACGAGGUAAAAUACCUGGGGGUAUGGCUCGAUAGAAGGCUUAGCUGGAAGAAGCACAUCACCAUGCAGACGAACAAAGUCAUCAUGACUUACUGGGCAUGCAGGAGGAUGUUUGGCAGCACGUGGGGGCUUAGGCCCAGAAUCGUGAAAUGGAUCUACACGGCCAUAAUGCUCCCACAGCUUGCGUACGCUGCUGUUGUCUGGUGGACGGCAAUGAACAAAGCCUGCCACAGGAAAACGGUAGACAGGACGGGCAGGAUUGCGAUGCUGGGAAUUACGGGGGCCCUCUGGACGACCCCCACCUCAGCACUGGAGGCUCUGCUCUUUCUCCAGCCGCCCCACCUUCACAUUAAGGAGGUGGCGAUGAUCUCGGCUGCGAGAUUACGACUGCAAGGUCGAUGGAAGGAGGCCAGUAGUGGUCAUGCGGCAAUGCUCACGGCGGACAGCGAACUUCGGGGACUGCUGUCCUGGGGAGGAGAUGCCUGUUUUAAGGUCAACCUUGGAUAUGGGGCAACCCAACUAGGGAGUGACAGAAAGUGGACGCCACCGACGGGGCUGGUCUGGUACACGGAUGGCUCCAGAAUUGGUAAUAGAGCGGGGGCAGGGAUCUGGUCUGAGGGACCUUCAAUUGCAAGGGCCCUUGGAUUUCACCCGCAUACGACCAUGCUCCAAGCAGAGCUUGCAGCCCUGAAAGCCUGUGCCAGGGAAAUUCUGGGCAGGGGGGACAGGGGCAAGAAGAUAUACAUCUGCUCAGACAGCAGGCGUGCGUUGAGGGCACUGCUCAAGAAUGAGAGUUGCUCUCGAUUAGUCAACGACUGCACUGACCUGAUGGAAAGGGUGGCUUCCCAUAAUCAGCUGGAAGUGGUCUGGAUACCGGGCCACGCUGGCAUCCUCGGCAACAAGAAAACCGACGAGCUGGCCAAAAGAGGUUGCCUAGAGGUUGCGCCAACAGAGGAGAACCCAGUGGGGGUGCACAUAGACUUCGUUAAGGAUAUGAUCUGGAAACGAGCGGAGAGGGGGGUUGUGGAAAGGUGGCGCUCUGAAGAGGGCGCCAAACAUACAAGGACCCUUUUUCGUGAACCUUCAAAACAGCUGGCGGAGAUGCUGGUAGGGCUGAACAGGAUACAACUCCGGUCUUUGAUCGGACUUAUCACUGGGCACUGGCCCCUAGCCUCAUACCUGGCGAAAAUAGGCAGAGGAAGUGACCCUACCUGCCCGAAGUGUGGACUGGCGGACGAAAACCCGCACCACUUAGGCACCAGAUGCAGUGGUCUUGACGAGAUCCGUUGGGACGUCUUUGGGACCACUUGCAUCAAGGACAUGUAUGUCGAUAUGGACGGCAUAGAUGGGCUCUAUGAGUUUGCUCGAAGGGCCAACAUACUUGCACCUAUUGACUAG